GUACUCUUUAAACACGGCCCGCGGGCCGUACAAUGCCCAGGACUGUACUAGACAAUAGUACAAUAACGUUACUGAUACUACGAGGGGCAUAGGAAGGGAUCACUAACAAGGGAAAAUUAGAUAGGACAGGUGAGGUGAAAUCAAACACUGAGGGGAAGCUAACGGGAAAACGAGGGGGGAGGUCAGACGAGACUGGAGGGAGCACAUGGCACUCCAUCUUACCAAGAUCCUUCAACAUUGACCAUAUGUUCUGGCCCAGCGCUACCUAUAGGCAGAGCAGGCAGUCAUAUCUCUUUUACGCUAAUUGCUGUUGUUUAUCAUCACGAAAGAUUAUUCUUUUUAUGCGUUUUAAAACCCUUGCUCAUUAAAACUUUCUAUUGAUUUGUCAUUUCGAAGUGAGCACACAUACAGCCAGUUCUCAUACAGCGCAAGUUCAAAAGUAAAAUUCUCAAUCGCGUCUUUGUCAUGACUCUGCUUCUUAUGGUCAUGUUUUUCUUAGUCUUGUGGCAGGAUCAUGACAAACCCACAUGUUUUUUGUGGGGAGAGACAUGGGAUUCACGAUGAAAUCAGAAGUGUCUUGAUAGACUGUCUAUAGAUGAGAUGAUUUCAAAAGUUUCUCCAGUUGUAGAUGCUUAGGAGUCUUCUAUUACUGGGUGUAAGAAUUGUUAACUUUGCCUGCCCUGAGGACAGAUAAAAAUAGGUAGAAGGUGUGUUUAGCACUUAAACAAUAUAAACAAUUGAAUUGGGGAAAAGCUGACAGUAGGCAUUCUUGGGUGAAUGUUGAUCAAGUGUGUUUUCACUUGUUCCAGGAAGUACACAAAUGAUGUUCAACCAGUUUCAACUAGUUUGUUGUUUCCUGUUCAGUAGAACAAGACAACGAAGAUUCAAAAACUUCUUAGAUCUUCCCCUUAACAGAGGUGUAGAAGAAAUAUUCUCAUUAUUCAAGAAGUGUGUCGGUCCUGGAUGAUGGCGCGUGUUUCACAUCUCCUCGCGGACUCACUGAAUGAACUACUAAAAGAUCAAUUGAAAAGGUUUCAGUGGCUCCUGAUCACUGGUUUUGGUAUUCCACGUUCUGAACUGGAGAAGACAGAUGUCUUAGAUACAGUAGAUAAGAUGGUGGAACGUUUUACAGAAGAAAAAGCUGUGAAUAUCACGGUAGACAUCCUAAAGAAGAUGGGCCUAAACCAGCUGGCGGAACAGCUCGAGAACACACACAAAACCAAGAGGAUUGUUUUGCUGGGUGAAGAUCCUUCCACGAUCAAUCGAGUAGGAAACUUCAUGUUAGGAAAACCAGUGUUUGAGAGUGAAUUUCCUCCAGUAGAUUAUCACAGUGAGAGAGUCAGAGGAAAACACAUGACACUCAUCAACUGUCCUCAUCUGCUCCAGCCCAACCUCUCAUCUCAUCAUAUCACACAGACACUGAGAGAGUGUGUGUAUCUGUCUGAUCCAGGACCUCAUGCCAUCAUGCUGAUCUUUAAACAUGACGAUGAGUGUUCAAGAGAAGAUCAAGAGCGUGUUGAGACGAUCCUCAAUUCUUUCUCUGACAGUGUUUAUGAACACGUACUGGUGAUGACAACACACGACUCAAACAGAGUUCAUCACACUGUCAAUAAAAACAUUCAGCAACACAUAGACAAAUGCUCGAACAGACACUUCAGACUGGAGGCAAACAGCUCUCUUGAUGAACUUAAGGAGACAUUAGACUCAAUUUUACAAAUGAACAGCAGACGUUAUCUGAUUUGUGAAAAAUCUCUCACAAUGAUGAAGCAGCCAGAAGAAAGAGAUGUUGUGAAGCUGAAUGUGGUUGUGUGCGGAAGUGAAAGAAGCUUAAGAGACAGAAGAUUGAAAAGCUCCAUCUUAAAGCUGAUGUUGAAAGAGGGGAGCAGAAGAUCAGACUGUGUGAUGAAGAUAGAGAUGGAGGUAUGUGGACGUCUGAUCAACCUGCUAGAGCUUCCAGCUCUCUUCAACACUUCAGUGUCAGCUGAGGAGCUGAUGCGUCAAACUCUCUGCUGUCUGUCUCUCUGUCAUCCUGGAGUUCACGUGUUUCUCCUCAUCGUUCCUCAUCAUCCGCUCACUGAUGACCACAAAGCUGAAAUGGAGGCGAUACACAGAAUAUUCAGCUCAAGAAUCAAAAAUCACAUCAUGAUUCUCAUAAUGCAGGAGUCUGAACACACAACAGCAGAACUAGACGGAGUCACAGAGUCUGUUAUUAAGCAUUAUGCAGAACGGUUUCAUUUUUUUAAUCCAAACACACGAGUGUCCACUUUACUGGAGAGAAUUGAGCAGAUGGUAGAAGAUAACAGUGGAGCUUCUUUCACUACACAGAAUUUUUUAGAUGAGCAGAUAAAGUUGAUGAAAUCUAAAGAGAUGAAGAGGAAUAUCAAAUCACCAGAGAAUACAGAUGCUGUGCGGAUUGUGCUGUUGGGUAAGACUGGAGUUGGAAAGAGUGCUACAGGAAACACAAUCUUAGGAAGAGAAGCUUUUAUUUCUGACACGUCUCCAGAGUCAGUUACUAUAAAGUGUCAGAAAGAAACAGCUGAAUUCAACAAAAGAUUCAUCAGUGUGAUCGACACUCCAGGACUGUUUCAUACUGAACUGAGUCAUGAAGAGAUUCAGAGAGAAUUGAUCAACUGUUUCUCCAUGAUUCUGCCUGGACCUCAUGUGUUCCUCUUGAUGGUUCCACUGGGACGUUUAACUAGAGAAGAGGCAAUAUUGGUGAAGAUCAUUCAAGAGAUGUUUGGUCAAACCUCUAGAAUGUAUAUCAUGUUGCUUUUCACCAGAGGAGAUGAUCUGAAGAAUAAAACCAUUGAAGAGUGUUUGGGAAAACCUGGAUCUCCUUUGAGAAACCUGGUAGAAGAGUGUGGAAACAGAUAUCAUGUGUUUAAUAAUUUUGAGACUGAAGACCGCACACAAGUUUCUGUUCUACUGGAGAAAAUAGACCACAUGGUGACAGCAAAUGGAGGGAGUUACUUCUCAUUUAAUAUGUUCAGAGAUAUGGAGAGAGAAAAACAAGAACAGCUCAUGAAGAUAAUGAUAGAGAGAAUUGAAGAAUUGAUCAUAGAGAGAGAAGAAGAGAGAGAGAGAAUUAAGAUUAUGAAGGAGGAAGAAACUGAAAAUGAUAAAACUAGUGAUGGGGGAUGUUCAUUAUCAUAAUUAAUUCAUGAUUUAGGGUAACAAAAACAUUUCUGGUGCGGCAGAAUGUCAAGUACUGUAUUAUGCACGGGUAAUAAUAUUAAAGGGUAAGGGUUUUUUCAGUUGUAUAACUGAGUGAUUAAAGUAAUGGAAAAUAUUAAUUUUGAUUACAUUUUAUAUGUUAUAUUGUGUAAAUAAUGAAAACCAGAACAGGGCAUCGUUAGGCACAACUGGAGCCAAAAUUGGAGAGAGAGAGAUAGAGAGAGAGAUGGAGAGAAAGGGAGAGAGAGACAUGGAGAGAGAGUUAGAGACAUGGAGAGAGAGAGAGAGAGAGAGAGAGAGAGAGAGAGGACAGUGAAGGGGUGCCUUCUCUCAAUGCAAUAAAGAUAUCCUGUGAACUAGAUGUCAAUGUGUGGAUAUUAUCCAAAUUAUCUUUUGCUUCACCAAUCAUAAAAUGCAUAUUUACUCAAGUUAUUAUGUAGAUUAGUUGUCUCUGUUAGCAUAAACACAACAGUAUUGAAUGUAAUGGGAGGUCUGUCUUGGGAAGUACAAAUCAUUUUUCUACAGUAAUUUUUUCUUUUAUUGAUUUCGUCCAUCAAUCCUUGUAUUCAUUAGUCAUAACUGGUCUAUGAGUAUUUACUGUAAUUUCUCCCUACAGCAGAAAUGAAAUAAAAAAUGAGUGUGAUAAAAAGAUUUUAAUAAAGUUUAACUAUGUUUUAUUAGAUACCAUCAUAUUUCAAUCUGUCCUCCAACUAAUACGACGAGAAAAGUCGUU